AUCAACAUGCUUCCUACCUUCCUGACCACCCUGCUUUUAAUACUGGGAACAGAUGCUAUCCCUUAUGCCACUUUGUCUCCACCAUUUCAUUUUAACACUGACCAUAGUGUUUUGACAAUCCUGGUGUGUGUGGUUCAUGACAUUCAUCAAGGAGAGAUGGAAGUUGCCUGGAUUUCGGGUGGCAGCAGAGGGACAAGUCCAGCAGUUUAUAACUUAAUCCAAGGAGACCAUGGCAUUCAGAGUGCAAUGUCAGUUAUAUCUGUGGCCUCAAGUGAAUGGACAUCUUAUACUUGCUUUGUGAGUCACAGAGGCUCUGAUCAACUCAUGCAUAGACACUAUGCUCGAUUCCCAAAAGAGACAACAGAGAUGCAUGACCUAGAAAUGACUGGUGAUGAAGAAACUUUUGAAAUGUGUUUGGACCAACAAAGCAGUUUAUUGGAAGGUAUUAGGGAAUUUUUUUCUUACCUAAAAAAUUUCCAUUAUUUGCUCAUUUUGUUCUCACUUUCUUGUGCUGUUACAGUGAUCGGGGCAAACCGAGAACUACUGUUUGUUCAAGCUCUCAGAAUACUCCUUCUGAAAAUCACAAUUUUCAAUGUUUUGAUGACUAUACAAGCUGUCAUAAAGUGAAAUGAACAAUGGACUUGAGUUGACAAAAACAAGACAGCCAGACACCAUACAGGUGAUCUCCAAACCAGUUGAGGUAAAUGAGAACCUGGGAUGUGAGCAUUUUGACAAGUGCUUUUUAGAGCUGGAGACCGACAUUGGACCACAAGACACAGGUGCUGCAAUAAGAAGAUCAAUGUGAUAUCUGCUCAAAACCACAUCAUAUACAGAAAACAACAACUUAACUGCACUACAAUGUGCCUUUGUAGGCAAUUAAAAAGAGAGAGUUUUAAAUGGCUUUUGUAAAGUCACCUUUCACUAAUGGAAUUGUUUACUGUCAAGCAACACCUGUUUGAAUGUGAGCAACAUUUGAUUACAUUUGUUAAGAUGUGUGUGAAUGAGAAUAUUGUGCAUAACACUCUAUCAAAGAUUAAACUUGUUUAAGUUGAGGGCAUUUAUUCGAAUGUGACAUUAAUGCUUCAUCAAACCAAGUAGAAUGUGUGUGUGUUUUUUCUAUUCUUUUUUUUCAGGCGCAUGAAUGAUC